GCGCAGAAGUAUCGGAAGGCAUCAAUGGCACCCCGCUGUUCCAGGCCGGCCAGCCCGCUGGUCGGCCUUCUCCUGCUCCAGCUGCUCGCGCCGACGAUUCCCUACGCCGCAUGCCGCGAGCUGCGCACCCUGCUGCAACUCGAGGCUGUGGUUCCGCCCGCUGAGGCGGAGCUGGCGGCAGCAGUCAACAUCUUUGGCGAUGAAAUCUUCGCGCAGCUGUCAAAUGAGACCAAGCCCGGUGGCGACCCUGGCCUCAUCAUCUCCCCGUACAGCAUCGCACAGGCCCUGGCCAUGCUGCUGAAUGGGGCAGAUCCCAACGGGACUUCCUACCAGCAGCUGGAGGCCCUGUUUGGAGCCAACCAGGUGCCGCUGGCAGACCUUAACCAGGAGUUCCAAGCGCUCACCGCGGCGCUGCUGUCGAGCUCCCAACCCGACAGCGGCAUCCGCAUCGACAAUGCCAACAGCGCCUGGCUCAAAGAGGGCCUCAGGUGGCAGCAGCAGUACAGUGACUCCCUGGAGCAGUACUACAACGCCACGCUGGGCACCCUCACCACCGCACAGGCGAGCUCCAGCCAUUGGUGGCUGUUCAUGCAGUGGCAGUUGGCUGUGAACAGCUGGGUUGCCGAGGCAACCAACAACAAGAUCACGCAGAUAGUGACGGAUGACAUUGUGGCAGAUGCCAUCCUGAUCCUGGCCAACGCCAUUUAUUUCAAGGGCUCCUGGGUCAAGAGCUUCCCGGAGGAGCUGACCAAGGCGACUCCUUUCCACCUGCUGGACGGCAGCACCAUGCAGGCAGCCAUGAUGUACCAGCCGCUGGAGGAGAGGGCGGUGCAGGUGGCAACCCUGCCCGCGGCGGUAGGAAAUGUGGCCAUUAAGUGCCAGGCCAUCCAGCUGCUGUUUGCCGGGUUCGAGUAUGCAGGCGUGGCUGCGCAGCCCGUGGGCGCCGUGCGCAAGGUGGCAGGUGCACAGCUGGAGCUGGAGACCGCAGAGGGCCCGGUGGACUAUGCCGAGGCGCUGGCUGCCUGCCGCUCGGCGGUCGUGGACAGCCUGCCGGGCGGCUUUGACAGCAAGGCCUGGGAUUACUCCACCAGCCCCAUCAACCUCUACCUGCCCCGGUUUGAGAUCGAGUUCUUUGCCAGCCUGAACACGGCGCUGCAGGCCCUGGGCGUGACGCAGCCCUUUGAGGGCGGGGACCUGACGCAGAUGGCAGAAGACGCCGAGGGCAACCCGGUGCAGGGCCUAGCAGUCACCGAGGUGCUGCACAAGGUGUACGAGAAGGUAGACGAGAAGGGAGCAGAGGCUGCCGCCGUCACCGCCAUUGCUGUGACCACCUCCGCGCCGGUGCAGACCAACCCGCCCGUGGACCUUCGGUUCGACCGGCCAUUCCUGUUCUCCAUCGUACACUGUCCCUCGGGCCUUGCUCUGUUCAAUGGCCAAAUAUACAAGCCGGAGGAGUGGGGCGCGUAGGCAGCUGACGGCGCCAGCACCAGCUGUCACCAGCUGGCAGGGGCGGGCUCCUCAGUUUAGCAGAGAAUCACGAGAGUGCGAGGCGAGAAGUGACAGGCAAAUGAGAGGGCUGCCAGCGCAGUCUGUGUGGAGGCUAUUGGGCUGAAAUGCGCCACCCAUGCAUAACAGGCUCUCUGAGAACAAGAGCUGCCAUUUCUUCUCAUCAUUGGUUUUAAAUUAAUUCACAGCAUGUUUAAUGUACAUGAACGC